AUGGCUAUUCGAUGGGAUGUGACAAAGUGGAUUGCCAAGGAAUCGACGAUCCCAACUACACCGGAUGGGUACAAAAGAAUGGCGAGUUCUGUCGGAAGAGCAGGGACUACGGUGGAGUUGGAAGAAGAAAAGCCGUCUACGGAACCCUUACGUCAACAUGGCACGUUCCAGCAGCAGCAGCCCUCCAUAAAUGAUAAGAAUGUGGAGGUUAUAAAACAAGUGGAACGGAUAACACAAGACUUUAAACGUAAAGCCAACUCUAUAGACACAUGUUGGGUGACAACACUGGAGAAAUUAGAAAACACUUUAACCGCGAUGAAGGAUGAGCUUUUCAAUCCCAAGGAAGACCGGGAAAUCUCAGUGAUGGGUCAGAUACUGAUUGAGGAGACUUCAACGCGGGCGGCUAAGCUGGUCUAUGAGGCUACCGAUUAUCAUAGAGACCUUCAGCACACCAUUCUAAAAUUGGGAAAAUAUAUUAACACAGAGUUCGAGCAUCCCACGAAGAAGCCGUUCAGACCGUCGCCGGAGUUGGAAAGAAAAAGGAAUAGGAGGGAUAUGGGGUUCGCGUUGAUUUUUGACUAUAUGAUGAGCACUGGACUCAGCUCUGUUGGUGAUUCUAUGAGAAAGUUAUCCAUCUUCGAACAGUACUUUGAUACGUUGAAUGUGUCGGAUCCGGAAAAAUUGAAAACGAUAGUUGAAGAUCUACAAGGUGGAGAUAUUUCGUCGUCACUGGAGUUUAUCAAAUCGGCGCAGCCUGCUGAAGAGCAUUCGCUAAGAAAAUCGUUACAAACUCAGAUGAUCAUCGAGUGUAUAGAGAUGGGACUCGAAAGCUAUGGUCGAACUGUAAAACAACUGAAAGCGUUCGUACCGAAGGAAGGCGAGGAACAACGACAAUCGCAGAGAUUGGUAGGAGCACUUGUGAUGGGUCAGGCAGCGAAGGAAGACGCACGAUAUCGGAAUCUGUUUGAUCAGAAGAACAAGGAAAAAUUGGUUUCCAGAUUGUCAGCGUUUUUCGUUCCUAAAGAGGCUCCGCUGAACUUGAUAUUGAAACACGGAUUCAAAGGUAUCAAUCAACUAACAGACUUCCAAGAUUCCGGCCUGCAAUGGGAUGUCUGGAUGGAUUGGGAACUUCCAUUUGAUACAUAUUUCCAUGCCAGCCAUUCAGUGUUCACGUGUCCGAUUCUCAAGGAGCAGUGUACGUGUAACAACCCUCCGAUGCGAUUGACAUGUGGUCAUGUUAUCUCGAAGGAUGCAAUCAAUCGACUGACAAUCAAUGUUCGGAAUCGGUUUCCAAGAUCCAGACAUCUACGAUUCAAGUGCCCCUACUGUCCAAAAGAGCAAAAUCUGGACAAUGCAAAAUCAGUGGAUUUCCACGCGUGGACCAUUCCAGCAGAAAAUGAAGAUGAAGAAGCCGAAGAGCAAGUGAAAUUUUUGCAAUUCGUGGAAUGA